AUGCUGAUUAGAAACAUUUUGCUGGACCGUGAGCUUCAGGCAGAGGGAGCGCUAAUUAUGCUUGAGUCGUGGACAAAGGACAACGCUGUGGAGGCCAGCAAAGCCUAUGCCUACUUCAGAGCAUUUAGGCCGAAGGUAUUCUGGCACAAGGCUGUAUGGAACCCUGCCAUCCCCCCCAAAGCAGCCUUCAUUUUCUGGUUAGCCAUGAAAGGCAAACUCCUUACGUUGGAUAGAGCACCCUUCCUGGAGAUUGAUACUUCUUUCCCCAUGUGCAACUUGGUGGAGGAGUCCCAUGCGCAUCUAUUUUUCCUAUGCCCCAAGGUUAGCCAGAUUUGGAAGGCAGUCCGUGAUUGGUCUCCUAUCACUCGGUCUUUCAUCUCCCUGCAGCGCAGCGUCAGCAGCCUCGUCCGUGAGAGAGCAUUAUCGGGUAGAUUGGGGAAGACCAGAUGCCUUGUUAUAGCUUUGGCAGUGUAUUGCACUUGGUUGGCUAGAAAUUUACUUUUGUUUGAUCAUGUUCCCUUUUUGGUAGACGAUGUAAUUAACAAGAUUAAAUUUCUUGUUUAUAGACAUGCUCAUCUUACUCACUUGUAUUAG